CUGCUGCCGUGCAGCCCCAGGCAACAUGUGGAUGCUGGAGCCCUCGGGGUUUGCUGGGAAGCUGCUGAGCGUGCUCAGGCUGUCCCUGGGCUCCCUGUGGAGGAGCCUGGUCCCUCUGCUCUGCUGUCUCAGGGCAGCAUUCGGGUUUCCAGGCACGGAGAGGAGACAGCAGCGGCAGGUCCGGAGGGAGCCAGAUGAGACCACAGAGGAAGAGGCAGGGGAUGUCCCUGUGCCCGCCAUCCCCACCAGCGUCAACUACCACUUCACUCGCCAGUGCAAUUACAAGUGCGGGUUCUGCUUCCACACGGCCAAAACGUCCUUCGUGCUGCCCCUCGAGGAGGCCAAGAGAGGACUCCUUUUGCUUAAGGAGGCUGGUAUGGAGAAGAUCAACUUUUCAGGUGGAGAGCCGUUCAUUCAUGACCGGGGAGAGUACUUGGGCAAACUGGUGAGAUUCUGCAAGAGGGAGCUCCAGCUGCCCAGCGUGAGCAUCGUGAGCAAUGGAAGCCUGAUCCGGGAGCGGUGGUUCCAGAGCUAUGGUGAAUUCCUGGACAUUCUGGCCAUCUCCUGUGACAGCUUUGAUGAGUCCGUUAAUGUCCUCAUUGGCCGUGGCCAGGGAAAGAAGAACCAUGUGGAGAAUCUGCAGAAACUGAGAGCGUGGUGCAGGGACUACAGAGUCGCCUUCAAGAUCAACUCUGUCAUUAACCGAUUCAAUGUGGACGAGGACAUGAACGAGGAGAUUAAAGCGCUAAACCCCGUCCGCUGGAAAGUGUUCCAGUGCCUCUUAAUUGAGGGAGAGAAUUCGGGGGAAGACGCUUUAAGAGAAGCAGGAAGAUUUGUUAUUAGUGAUGAAGAAUUUGAAGGAUUCCUGGAGCGCCACAAAGAAGUGUCCUGUUUGGUGCCUGAAUCUAACCAGAAGAUGAAAGACUCCUACCUUAUUCUGGAUGAAUAUAUGCGUUUUCUGAACUGCAGAAAUGGACGGAAAGAACCUUCCAAGUCCAUCCUGGAUGUUGGAGUAGAGGAAGCUAUAAAAUUCAGUGGAUUCGAUGAAAAGAUGUUUCUGAAGCGAGGAGGAAAGUAUGUCUGGAGCAAGGCAGAUCUGAAGCUGGAUUGGUAAAGCUACAAGUGGAAGAAGACUUUAACCCACUAGCAGGGAAAAAAAGACUCCCAGUGUGUUCCUGUCAGCGACACGAUUACGCUGGUAUUUCUCAAUGGCUGAAAAUCUGAUUUCCACGGCACGUGACAUCUGAUUAUCUGUGGUCACGGAACACACAAAUAACUUGGAUAAAUGAAAUCCAUAGACAGUGAAAAAACAUGGUGUUUACUUAAUUGAUCUCUUAUCUCAGUGUUACUGAAAAAGGACUUCUUGCUUUAAGUUUGAUUUAGCUAAAAAGCUUAGGUAAGUCAUCUAUACCCAGGAUCCCAAAUCAAGUUUGAAGAUGUGUUUGUAAGAAAUAAGCUCCAAGGAUAUCUUUGAAAGCAAUGUUUAAUUUGGAUUAGAAUUUUUUAAGCAAUGUUUUUCUCUCACUCUUAUAUAUCCGUUUUGAAGCUAUUUUCUUUUUUACCUAGUUUUGUUUAUUUGACCUAGUCAAACAUUUCCUGCUAAAUACCCAGUUUUUACAACUGGGAGUGUUACAAAAUAUCUCCCCGAAUUAUUUCUACAGAUUAUGAUGCUUUUUAUUUUUCUAGCUUCAUACCAUGACAACUUGGACUUUUUACCCGGAAAUAUAGAAAUAGUCAACAGAUGUUUUCAAGAACAGUGUGUGACUAUCUUACCAGUUUUCAGUGACUACCUGGAAGGAGAUAAUAAUUCCCAUAAUGGCAGGGUGGUGCUGCCCUAGCACACAGCGACUAUUUGUUGAAUUUUAAUUAUUUUUGUUGCAAUCCUUUCUCUUCAGUGAUUCUUAGCAAAAUCAAGACACAGUCCACAUUGCACUGGACAGUUGACUAGGGGCCCAGAUUACCUUGAUUUGUUAAUGUAUUAUUCAGGCCAUGUGAGGCUGUCAAGUAAAAAUAUAUGAACUUAAUGGACUAGGAGGUCGUCCCAUACCCCUGGGAAGUGAGGCCCUGGGCUGGCAGGGUGCCCCUGCCGACGUGCUGGAAGACCUGUUCAGGAAAGAACGUGGUGAUGAGUAGAAAGCGUGCCUGAUUUUAGUAAAUGAAAUCAUGGCACAAUAUGCAAGGUCUCAAUGAACUCUGAAUCCAUUGAAGUAAGGCACAAUCUAGGUCAGUAUGAGAAAAUCCAGUGACUGCCUUUUCUAGCUUGAGGAAGGAGAGCACAAGUGUCACUUAAACUAGGUCAAGGAACAAAAUCCUAUCCUUGUGGAAAUGUUGCACGCAGCUUGUUUGCAUAAUCUAGACAUAUCUCAUUGCCUGGAAAAAAAUAAUUUCCUAUUAUUGUUUCAAAAAUGCGACAUCAUGGAAAAUUUUUUUUUUUUUUUUUACCCAAAGAAAAAGUAAUUUCAAUUCAGCCGCAAUUCCAGUGCUGCUCACUAGAUGGCAUUUGCAUGUUGCCUGAGUUCAUUAAGCAUCAUCCAGAAAUUCUGCUCAAUAAUCCAUUUGCAAGUCUUGGUGAUUUUGAAAGGUUUCGUUUUUCUUUCUCAAAAGAUAAAAUUCCUAAUUAAAUCUUUUGGCUACUGUAAUUAAACAUAAAUAUGUUUGUGUACCAUCCGGAAUAGGAUAGGGUGCCCAAUAUUUCCCAUUUUAUGCAUUUAAUUUCUUUUAGAGUAUUUGUUAGAGGAAGAUGAAUCAGAAAGAUUUCUUUUGUUAAUCCCCCCUGGCUCUUGAUAGUACCACUUAGGUACUGAUUACCUUCAUAUAAUGAGCAUAAACAAAAAGAAUUUCUUUUACUUAUUUAACAUGAAUUCACCUUGAUGAUCCUCACGAAAGAAUAAUUUCAGCAAAGAAAGAUCACAUAGGUGAAAACACAAAGACCUUAUUUCAUAGACAGUAGGUGCUCAAUCAAUGUAUUUGAAACCAAAUUUGAACAUGAAGUUCAAAUCUUUUGAGUUGGAGUGAAUUUUUCUUUAGUGAAAGGAAACUGUAUUUCUGUCCCCCAAAGGAAAAUACAAUAUAAAACACAACAAAAUUGCACUGAAGAAAUAAGAUAUUUUAAAUACAUUUUCAUCUAUUUCUAUCCUUCCUUCUUUUACUCAUUGUCAGUAUUAGAGAAAAAGACUUAAUGUUUAAAAUAUUCAAAUGUCCAUUUUUCUUAAAGAGGAGAAACAAGGACUUUUAGAAUUACUAUAAUUACUAUAAAAUUUAAAUUCAGACAGUACAGUGUUUUACUUUUUUAGCUCUAAAUAUGAGUGUUAGUUUUGUAAAUACAUUUUGUUUUAUUGAGAAAACAAAGAAUAAUUUAACUGAGGUAUCUUAUGUGAGUGUUAAGAACAAAUAUUUGUAGGUGCACAUAAUUAUUGCUUAAAUUUAAAUGUAAUAACAUGAAUGGAAUUUUGUUUCAUAGAAGCAUGGAAAGAUCAUAUACAAGUAGUAAUAAUUUGGUUUAGAAAGUACUAAUCAUCUUUUCUAUUUAUUGUUAAACAUUAUAGACGUGAGGUGUUUUCUUUCAAGUUGACGUUUGGCUGAAUCAUCUGAAAUCUGGGCUCAUGUUUUAUCUCUAUCAGGACUUUGGAGCCUAGUUGUUGAGUAAAUAGAAGUCAAAACAACCAGGAAAGUGUUAGUAUGCCUCUUACAAAUAAUUCAUCUUACAAAUUACCCUUUUGCUGAAAGGAGUCAAUUUAAUCAGCUGUUUAGACAGAGACCAGUCAUGUUGUAAAAUUUUAAGGUUUUUUUUUUGGUUUUUGGCCAGGGCUAGGUUUGAACCCGCCACCUCCAGCAUAUGGAAUCAGCGCCCUACUCUUUGAGCCACAGGCACCGCCCAAUUUUAAGAUUUUGUCUGGAGUGUGUAAGUGGUAUUUUAGCUCUUAAAGAAAUAUAUAGAUUUGUUUGCCAUAUAGGAUGCUCUUGAGUAUUGGCCAAAUGUAUUACAACCUGUUUUAAUGUGUACAUUAAAAUAUUUUUUAUAUUGCCUCUUCUUUCAGAGGCUCA